GCUUAUAUCAUCAGGCUCCAAUUCCGCGUCGAGGAGGAGGAGGAGGAAUCGUGUACAACACUGCCAGUGAACCUAACCAGGGUCACCUUUCCUCAUUCUUCCUUUUUGCACUCUUCCGGGGGAUUUCUGGUUAUUACUCAGAGUGGAAUCUCUGAGUCGGUUUUCGGUAGCUUUUGUUUCCGCUUAAUCUCCAAGCCGACCACAUAUUCAGCGACAGAUGACAGUGACAGGUUGGGUGUUGGUAGCUGUUCAUUGAUAAGAGAUAAACAAGGAGCAGUGUGGCUGUCAGGAGCAGAUAAAACCUACAAUAACUGUCAGGACCUGACAAUGUAACGACAAGAAGCUCCUCGACUGCUCGGCUGUGUUUGUAUUGACACAACAUGCCCCUCUCAGUGGACUUACCUCAACACUAUCCACACUAUCAAUCACGGAAACUGACUGACCACUAAGGAAUUUACUUUUGUCACUGUGUAGUCUCUAACAACUCGGACAAUGCGGCUGCUACUUCGCAUGUCAUCGUGCACACAUGGACUACAUUGGACCACACUCAAGCCAACACAACCGAGGGUGUUGUGGCUGGAGCACCGUCUUGCCCUUUCCACUACUUACCGGAGGAGGAGACAGUCAACCGGGGUCAAGUCAUCGACCCUUUCCUUCCCUCCUCGGCCCUUCAUGUCUGCCCUGCCUUGCAGAGGUCUCUCUGUUUUCUGUUCACACACGCAGACAGGCCGAGCACGGACAGCCACACAUACACCUGUUGCCUUUGCCAGCUCUUCAUCCACCUCCACACCUACACCAGCCGGAUCAUUGAAGACUCAGACUGAGGCAGAGAGAGAUCAAGUACCCACUACGGUCCCCCUGGAUGAUGUUAAAAGGCUUUUGCACCUUGCCCACCCGGAGAGAUGGAGAGUGGCAGCUGCUGUUGGCUUCCUAACUGUCUCCAGUGCAGUGACCAUGUCAGCUCCGUUCCUCCUGGGUAAAGUGAUCGACACCAUUUACACUGCUGGAGCAGACACAGAAGCCAUGGCGGCCUCCCUGACAUCGCUAUGCAUCAUGCUCACAGGAGUGUUCCUGUGUGGAGGAGCAGCCAAUGCUGCUAGAGUCUACCUCAUGCAGAUCUCAGGCCAACAGAUUGUUCGUGAUCUCCGUGCCUCCGUCUUCUCCUCCGUCCUCAGACAGGAGGUGGCAUUUUUUGAUAGGAAUAGAACAGGGGAGCUCAUCAACCGCCUCUCCGCUGACACAUCCGUGGUGGGCCACUCCAUCACAGACAAUCUGUCAGACGGGCUGCGAGCUGUGGCCCAGGCGGCUGCUGGUGUCAGUAUGAUGUUCUAUGUCUCCCCGAGUCUGGCGAGCUUUGUGUUGCUGAUAGUCCCUCCUAUGACUGGUCUUGCUGUAGUCUACGGCAGAUACCUUCGCUCACUCUCAAAGCUCACACAAGAUGCUCUGGCACAAGCCACACAGUUGGCAGAGGAGCGUAUCAGCAACAUACGGACAGUCAGGGCGUUUGGUAAAGAGCUCUCCGAGGUCAACUCAUACACAGAGAAGACAGACCAGGUUUUAACCCUAGCCAGGAAGGAGGCUCUGCUACGAGCUGGUUUCUUUGGAGUGACUGGGCUCAGCGGAAACCUAAUGAUCCUGGCAGUGCUGUACAAAGGAGGCCUUAUGAUGGCCAGCCAGCACAUGACUGUUGGAGAGCUCUCAUCCUUCCUCAUGUACACCUUCUGGGUGGGCAUCAGUAUUGCAGGUCUAAGUUCAUUCUACUCUGAGCUGAUGAAAGGUUUUGGAGCAGGAUCCAGACUGUGGGAGCUGCUGGACAGAAAGGCUGAGUUUCCUCUCAAUGAGGGCCUGGUGCUUCCUGCAGACCAGCUGAAGGGUCAGCUGGAGUUCUCUGAUGUCUCCUUUGCCUACCCCACUCGUAAGGAGGCUCCUAUAUUCCAGAACCUCAGUCUUCAAGUCCCAGCUGGUACCAUCAUGGCUGUCGUGGGACCCAGCGGGUCUGGGAAGUCGAGCCUUGUCUCGUUGCUGCUCAGACUGUACGACACGGAUGCUGGUGUUAUCACUGUAGAUGGUCAUGACAUCAGAGAUCUAAAUCCCUACUGGCUUAGGGGUCACAUUGGAACUGUCAGCCAGGAGCCCGUGCUGUUUUCCUGCUCGAUCAGAGAUAAUAUAGCAUAUGGUGCCGCAGACCCAGGCGCUGUCACUACAGAGGACAUCUACAGGGCUGCCAGAGUUGCCAAUGCCUAUAACUUCAUCCAGGCUUUCCCUACAGGCUUUGACACCGUGGUGGGGGAGAAAGGAGUGCUCCUGUCAGGUGGUCAGAAGCAGAGGAUAGCCAUAGCCAGAGCUCUGCUCAAGAAUCCGAAGAUCCUGCUUCUAGACGAGGCUACCAGCGCAUUGGAUUCUGAGAAUGAGUUCUUGGUCCAGCAAGCCUUGGAGCGUCUGAUGGAAGGGAGGACAGUUGUAAUCAUUGCUCACCGCCUCUCAACCAUCCAGAAUGCUCAUGCUGUAGCUGUCCUGGACCAGCAGCGUAUAGCUGAGUGUGGCCAGCACACAGAGCUGCUUGGGAACAGGCAAGGACUGUUCAGGAAACUGAUGGAGAAACAAGCCUUUCUACAAGAAGAACAGAGACAAGCACUACGCUGAGAGGACACAGAGGACAGAUGAGGAAGAGGAGGGAGAAAGAAGGAGGUGAAGUAAAACCCUGCUUCUAAAGGGGUUAAGGACAGAGGACAUUGGAGGUGCUGCCUGUAAUAGGUGGAGGUGGUCCUUUACUGCUGGAUUGAAAAUAUAGCAUCACAUAGGGAAGCAGACAGGGUAACCACAGUGAAGACCUGAGAACUGAAAGUAAAUCAGAGCCUUCCUAAGAUACUUUAUUUGACAAGGUCUAAUCCUACUCUGAAAGAAGGGGACAGAACAAGCAGCUGAAAGUGAAAGUGAGACGCUUCUCACAAUGGAACCUUGUUUUAGACCACUGUCUUCACCAUCAUUCUUGGGGAAAAGCCCAAAUCCUGUAUCCCAACUUAAGGUGUAAGGGAGGAAAUGUUUCAGUGUCGAUGAAUUUGAUAACUCAAACCAAAAACCAAAAACAGUCCAGUGUGAUAUCCAUUCAGUACUGCAAAACAUGUGUUUGUGAAAGAAUCUGUGUCUAUUUAUUAUAGGAUUAACUUUAAACUUGAAGCUGACAUGCAGAGCUUUAUAAGCCAAAUAAAGAGGUUGUUGGUGUUGUCUCUACUGUUGUAGAAUAAGACUCAACAUUAUGAAAGAAAUAUUAGUGUUUGAAAUCACAGCUGAGGUGCUACCAAUCUAAAAACACAAAUUAUGUUUCUUUUAUUUUUAAAAAAGGGUUCAUAUUUAGAUAGAAUAAGUAGGAAGUAUGUUUAGAUGGCAUGUCAUCAAAGUCAGUGGUGGUCUGUAUGUCACAAUCAUUUUUCUUUUAACAAUCUUCUCAUUGAUAUAGUCCUUCAUCUCCUCUUCUCAUCAUGCCUGCAAAUAGUUAAACUGUUCAUAUCGAAGUAUUAUCCAGGUCAUCUCAUGGUGGAAAAAACAGAAACCAUGAUAAAAGCUGAUCAACAUCUCUGACUGUUUACUGCUCACCCCUGUGUCCAUUAGUCUUCUCACUGGUACCUUCCACUGAUGUGUGUGUGUAUACAGGAUGUGCACUUGGCCAGCGCUAAAUCCUCCAUAAACAACUCUAAGACCACGCACACGUUAGCCACAGCGCUGUUGAGCCAGCUAAAUAUUUUAGCUGGCUGGGAGAGGCCAACUAAGAAGUGGUGAUUCUCUUCUGUAAAUAUUUGGAUGUUAAAUGCCCACUUCACUGCUCAGGGAGAUCAAGCCAGACUGAUUCAGAGGUGUGUUAUUACACCACAUGUGAAAACCCUUGCUGGCUUGUUGCUGAGUUGUUAUCAUUAAACUAAACGUGCACAUUUUUGGGCUACACACCUGAGUUAAUUAUAGGAUGAUUAUCUGCUUUCAUUUAAAACAAUGACUCCACUUAUGAGAGUAAUUACACAGACCUUAACGAAAAUGUAAUCUCUUUGAGCAACAAGCAACACUGAUAAACAGCACUGGAUAUAUAAACACAUUUACAAAUGAUGUCAUCGCCUAAGAAUAAGUCUCUAUAAAGAAGUAUCUAUCUGACACAAUAAUUAGACCCAUUAGUAGUUUUGACCAAAAUGAUGAGACUAAAGUCUUUGUUGCAUUUCUGUGACAGUUACUGUUUGUAGAGGUUUUAUUUGUGUUUGUGUUUGUGUGUGUGUGUGUGUGUGUGUGCAUAUAUGUAUGUGUGUGUGUGUGUGUGUGUGUGUGGUUAAACACUUGAAUUAUCGUGAAUGCCACUAACCAUUUGUGUUUUAUUCAGAUACACCCAUACUUUUUUAGUUUGUGAAUUUGGCGCCCACAACACAAAUUCAAAACACACAGAUAAUAUUUUUAAAAAGGGAUGAUGUUAUGAUUGGGAUAUUUUAAAAUAUAUGUAAGAGGUUUUAUACAAGUAUAUCACAGUGUACAGACUGUAUAGCAGCAGAAUAAGAGCUCUGAUCUCUGUCUAAAUGAAUAUACUAAUACCAGAUGAUUUAUCACAGUUUCUUUAAUUAACAUGUAGCUUUGCUUGUUUGUAUUUCACCUUAGCGAAAGAGGAUUUUUUUACGUGCAUAUUUUCAUGUCUCAUCACAUCUUAGUCCUUAGUUGCCUUGAACACCGAUGUCUCUGACACAUCCAGACAUGUCUUGUGGUUCCUGUGGAAGUUGGUGGGUCAUUCAUUUACAGCUCUGAAAGGAGGUGAAAAAAAGUGUUUUGUUUUGAUGAGGCGUCAUCUCAUAACUCAUUAAAGUGAGCAAGCUUUAAGGCUGCA